AUGAAGACGUUCAUCGUGCUGUCACUAGCGGUCGUCCUGGUGGCGAGUGCCCCAGUCGAGUCAGGUGACAAGCUGGAAGCGGCCGAGAGCCACCAACACGUGAAGCACGUGACGAUCACGAAAAAGGUCCCUGUGCCGUAUCCGGUUGAGGUGGAAAAGCACGUCCCAGUUCCUGUGAAGAUCCCGUACCCGGUGCAUGUGGAAAAGAAGGUGCCGUUCAUCGUCGAGAAGAAGGUACCGGUGUACGUGGAGAAGAAGGUCCCGGUACAUGUCGAUCGACCAGUUCCGGUUGAGGUGAAGGUCCCGUACGAAGUGCCGGUUGUGCACAAGGAGUACGUCGAGGUGCCGAAGCCAUACCCGGUGCAUGUCGAGAAGCCAUACCCGGUGUACGUGAAGAAGCCGGUCUACAUCGAGAAGCCGGUUCCGGUCAGCGUGCACAUCAAGAAGGUGAAGAAGCACCAUCACUAG